CAGCUGCACAUCAUCAAUCUGAUAGGACGAUCAUCACCUGCAGCCCGGAACGUCCAAUCAGUAAGACGUCCCCAAGUGAAGCAUUAUCAGGAGUGUGCAACUUUGGCGUCAGUCUAAAAUCCUACCAUGAAAGCGGAGUUGCUUAGUCCCACAGCACCAUUUGGAAUGGAAGCAGGUUCAUCAAAUGCACACGUGGGCCCUCGGGGCCCAAACAUGCCACAAGGCGCGUCACAGGCCCGCGAACCUCCAGGAGAGCCGCGUCCCGAGGAGCACAAACAACAAGGCCACAAGCCGUUGUUCUACUUUCAGCCCUCGCAGCCGUACAUGCCCAUGCAGGGUCUUCAGUGGCCGGUACCAAUGGCCGUGCCGAUCGGAUACAACCCUUACUACGGGGUCACCCCUUUUGGUUACGGAAUGUCAAUGAUGCCACACUACCAGCCGAAUCCUUACAUGGAAGCUCCCACUUUUGUCAUGCCCCACACACAUCUCCACUUGACGGACUACAGGCGCAUGCUGAACCCUUACUACUACCAGACCAUGGCAUACCACACCCGCAGGUAUCGCUACCAGCACGGUCCCCUGGCCAGAGAAGUCACCAGCAGCGAGGUGCAAACAGAACCACUCGAAUGCACCUUGACAACAAGCAAUUCUUGUUCUGCUGAAACGGAGACCUCCAGAGUCCUCAAAGUCAGUGAUGUAGAAGUUGCACCAAUCGGACCCCACAGUCAGCCCCUUCAACCAGCUUUGACUGUACAGAGCAACGAUGAGCCUUCUCUAGGUGUGGGAGCGCCUCCAAACGGAAGUUUCUUCAUUCAGACAGAGGAGGUGACCAUCGAGUGCUGUACCACUCCAGUGGGACUCCAACUUCUUCACCCCCAGGACACUGCGGAAGUCUCAAAGUUCCCUUCAGAAGACGUGCCAGGCGUUUAUCCUGAUCAAGCGUGUCCUGACAUCCUCUUGGUCGGGAAUCCUGGAGAGAAGAGUCGUGGGUCAGAGGAAUCCAUGAAGCACGAAGAUGUGGUCAAGGAGACAACUGCUGAUGAUCUACCGCUGACUCCAAAGAGUACCAAAUCUGAUGUUGACAUAGACGAGCAAACAGUGUGGUCAAUAGAGGAUACUUUGGUUCCCUCCCCAGACUCAUUCGCUUCCCCAGAAGAACACACUGGUAUAAUCCACGUGACUGAAGUACCUAAAGAUGAACCACCUACAAAAGAUAGGGAUUGUGAGAUUGAAGUGUGCAAUACCAUGAAAGAAUCUCAUAAUGUGGAGCUGGAAGAAAAAGCAGAGACUCCACCUAGGCAAGAACCAAACUACCACGACCACCAAGACACCUCGUUCGAGUCCUUACCAGCAUAUCUUCCCUCUAGCACUUGGCUGGCGGACUUUGACAGAGUCUACGUUUGUAGCAGGAUGCCGCCGACUCCCAAAAAGCAGAACCAACGUGUCAACCGGACCCCGCUAGAGGUUCCCGCUCGGAGAAGAAAACUAGAACUGGAAUACAGGGAGCAGCCUUCACUUCGCAAGCCCAAGGAGAGAUACAAACCCAAAGGCAAAACUGAUCGACGCUGCCUCUCCGACCACGAAUGCUGCCUUACCACAACCUUCAACGAGAACAUCUUCACCCUGAAGCGUGAACGACUUUGCACCAGAUGUUUGUCCAAACCCCGCCAGGGCUUCAAAAGGAAGUCCGCCCCCUUCCGGCAGUACAACCAGGACCUGAUGUCCACCUGCGACACCUGCCAGAAACUUCAUAGAAAAGGCUCCGUUCCAGACAUCCGUCGUCUCCGUUGUAGACCUGACACUGAGGGCGAAUCCUCAGAGAACGGCUCGCGGCGGCCCGACGGACCCAAGAGGCUGCUGAGCUCCAAGCAGAACAGAGACAAGAACUGCACCUGUGACGAAGGGCUGCCUAGCCGGGUGGUGGCUUUGGAGAAACUCCGCCAUUGUCCGCACGGCAACGCCAUGCGAGAACUGAAUGAGAAUUUGCCUGCAGCCCUGCAGGAGAAAUUGAGGCGUACCGACCAACUUUACUGGACUCGCAGGUCGCAAUCAGAGAAGUCAUGGAAAAUACUCGCGACCAAUCCCGACAGCACCAGAUCACCGCACUUGAACAAACACAAGAUGUCACAAUCACAAGGAAUGUAUAGAAAAGACACACAAUGCUGAUUGCACAAGAGCACCAGUCCAAGUCACUUUUAAAUGUUUUGUACACGUAAUUUAUUUCGACUUUUUAGAGAUUUUCACAACGUUCACAAUUUAUUAACGUUUGAAUAAACACUGAUUUCAUUAUUUGAA